CACGUCUGCAUGCUUGAGACUGUUGCUUCUCCCGAUAACAUGUGGAUCACAACGUCGUCGGUGCGUUCAAAUUAACUAGAAAUUAACUGGUAAUCGCUAAAUAAAUUGGGUACUGGGACAUCACACAGGAGAAUGACCAGUAAUAUAGAAUCAGAACUCCAGGAGCAGCUUUUGCAGAGACUGGGCAACUAUGCCGACAGUCUGUUAGAUGAAGAGGACUAUCAGAAGAGGUUAAAGAAAGCAAAGAGAAAGGGAAAAUCAGCUGUAACUUCAUGCAAAAAAUUAUCCUCAGAUCUUGAAAACUCUGAAAAAUCAAAUGGCAGAGAUAGCAGUUUGAGACAGUUAAAAAACAAAAAGAAUAAAGAAAAAAACAAGGACAUGGGAAAUAAAUCAGAGGGUAUAACAAACAGGACAGAAAAUGAUAUUUCAGAAAAGAGAAAAAUUAAAAGGAAACUGAUAGGCCAAAAGAGACACCUCUCAGACCUGAAAGAAGAACUUGGCUUAGAUGGUUCCAGUUUUAGAACGAACAAUAAUGAACAGGAAAGUAAGCUGAAUGUGUCUACCAACAGUGUAGAAAAGAACCAUAGAUCUCCUGAAGUCAUUGUAUUUGAAGAUCCUGCAAAGAGAAAGGAUAAUAUGAAGGCCAAGUCAUUAAUAUCUGGGCCUGGGCCCUCACUGUCCAGUGUGUCACAGUCAGCUGUAGGGUCCAGUGGGCUGGAGUUCAGUCUGAGGAAAGCAAGAUGGGAUGUGCUCAAGUUUGGGAUCGCAGGUUUUGACAAGUCUAAGAAAGAGGAGGCUCAAGUUGCACUUGCCAUUAAACUUGGGGCUAAACCUAAGAAAAACAAGUAUGUGAAUUACAAGAACCUUCAAGAGGCAAAGAAAACAGAAAGAGAUGCUGAAGAGAAGAAGAGGGAACAGGAGCAGCAGCUUGGAGUUGCAAAGAAGCAGAAAAGAGAU